CUGCAUUAAACAUAUUGAACUGCAAAAUCUCAGACCCUAAACCCUAAAAAUGGCAGAUCAAAAUCAAGAACAAGAGGAAAUCGAUAAUGAAUACGGUGUACUUCUUUAUUACAAAUACACUCAAAUUCCAGAUCUCGAUUCUCUCCUCUCAUUCUUCAACUCCAACUGCAUUUCUCUUUCUCUUCUCGGCCGUGUCCGUCUCUCCUCUAACGGCGUCAACGUCACCGUUGGUGGUUUAUUGUCGUCGCUAAAGAAGCAUAUUACGGCGGUGAAAUCGAAUAGUUUAUUUGACGGAACAGAUUUCAAGCUCGCGUCCUCUCAUUUUCCGGUGAAUGACAAAGUUGCGAAGGAAUGCGGUUUCACUUCACUCUCAAUUCGCAUUGUCAAGGAAUUGGUUACAUUUAGCUCUUAUCCAUUGUUGAAACAGCCAGAUGUUUCAAAUGCGGGAAAGCAUCUUUCUGCGGCGGAGUUCCACUCUGUUCUUCAAAAUGCCGGGCAAUGUUCACAGAAAGACGGUCCAGCUUCUGACGGAGGGCUUGUUCUAUUAGAUGCAAGGAACUUAUACGAGACACGAAUUGGGAAGUUUAAUAUGCCUGCUGUGGAAACUUUGGAUCCAAGUAUUAGGCAGUAUAGUGAUCUUCCUUCAUGGAUAGAUGAUAAUUCUGAACAAUUGCGGGGCAAACAGGUGCUCAUGUAUUGCACUGGCGGAAUAAGGUGUGAAGUAGCAUCGGCAUAUAUUAAGUCUAAAGGAGCUGGAUUUGAAAAUGUAUUUCAGUUAUAUGGUGGAAUACAGCGUUAUUUGGAACAGUUUCCUGAUGGUGGCUUUUUUAAAGGAAAGAAUUUUGUGUUUGAUCACCGGGUUUCUGUUGGGAGUUCAAAUACAAAUGUUUUGGGAACCUGCCUUACUUGUUGCAUGCCCUUUGAUGACUAUUCUUCACGCUGCAGAUGCUCCGAUUGUAGAAUGCUUGUUCUGGUCUGUGACAAUUGUCAGACAAAGGAAGCUGUCUAUGUUUGUGAGCUAUGUCGGAAACAUGGCAAAGUAGUUGGCGCAAUUCUAGCUAUCAAAGAUGACCAACCAGAAGAAACAAUGACAGGAAGUGAUCUAAAAUGCAUUACAUCAGAUACUACAAUCUCGCAUCAACUGCAUAUGGGACCGGAUAUUGGUUCCCGGAGGAAGCUAAGAAUUUUAUGCUUGCAUGGGUUUCGGCAAAAUGCCUCUAGUUUUAAAGGAAGAACUGCAUCAUUGGCCAAGAAACUCAAAAACAUCGCUGAGCUUGUUUUUAUCGACGCUCCCCAUGAAUUACCUUUCAUUUACCAACCUUGUGUCUCAGAACCAAGGGACAGUAACGUUUCAUCAUUACCAUCACAAGAAAUUCUUCCGCCAAAAGAAAAUUGCCGGACGAAGUUUGCUUGGUUGAUAUCACCUGAAUUCAGAGAAAAGGGUGAAGCUCUUUGGAAAGUUGCAGAUGGUCCUUUCAACCCGCUUCAGUAUCAGCAGCAAACUGAAGGGCUUGAUGUAUCGGUAGAAUAUUUGCGGACUGUAUUCUCAAAGGAAGGGCCUUUCGAUGGGAUCCUAGGUUUUUCACAGGGUGCAGCAAUGGCCGCUUCAGUUUGUGCUCUAGAAAGGAGACUAAAAGGGGACAUCAAUAUCAGAUUUGCAAUUUUGUGUUCUGGAUUUGCUCUUCAACUUUCCGACGUCAAAUCUGUAACAAUCAACUGCCCUUCGCUUCACAUAUUUGGUAGUACGUUGGGCAAAGACCGACAGAUUGCAAAUCAAGCCAGCAGAGACCUCGCUGCAUCGUUUGAAGAAGGUUCCUCGGUUAUUAUUGAGCACGAUUCGGGUCACAUAAUUCCUACUCGACCGCCUUUUAUUGAUCAGAUUAGGGAUUUUCUUCAGCGUUUCCUCUGAUGCAAUUGAUAGUUAUAAUGUGAUUGUAAACUGAACUGGCUGAACUGUGGGUAAAGAUUAAUUGCCUUCAGAUUCAUGUAUUUUGAGCUUAAAAAUAUAUUAAAUAUUUAUGUAGUUAAAUUAUGAAAAUGUAUGAUAUAUUAGUAAUUUAAUUUAGUUUAAGUUUUUACA